UCAUUCCCCCUUCCCCUUUUCUUCUCUCCAUUCCUUGUUUUUCUCUCCCUCCUUCCCCCCCUUCCCUCCCUCUCCCCAGCUCAGAGCCAGCUGCAGCCCCUCCCAGGCAAAGUACAGCCCAGGGGGCCAGCGGGCGCCCAGCCCAGAGCCCGGGUUUGGCUUCAGCUGCUGGGCAAAGCCCCUGAUUAUGGGGUUGGGGAAAAAGCAAACUCCCAAGAGAGCCGCUGGCUGCUGAGGUCAGAGAUUUCUUGGGAACUCAAAGGGAGGAGUUUGGCUCUUUCUUUCUUUCUUUUUCUUUCUUUCUUUCUACACAUUCAGCAAAAGAUCUUUUCUAUCUCAUCCUCAAACCCCUUGCACACUAUCUAUCUAUCCCCACCCACCCCUUCUAUCUAUCUCUCUAUCUCUUUCUGCAAAAAAAACCUUAGUCUGGAAGGAGGCUAUUUUGGGGCACACUGUAUUUUUUCUGGAUUUUGACCUUUGCCAAUUGGUGUUUGGACGUUGUGCUCUUUUGGUUCCGGUGCCGUUUGCCAUCUGGCUGGCUCGGCGCCAGUGUCAUUCGUGGCAUGGUGUAAAAUCUGGGGUUGGAAGAGAUGCCGAAGCAAAUGACGGGGUUUGAAUUUUGAGGUUGUGGGGGGAUUAUCUCAAUUUUCUUGGAAGUUGCAAAAAAAAUUAACUCUGUGUGUGAGAGAGCGAUUGUUUUCUGCACUUUAAAGUUGCCACAGUUUUCCCUGUGGAUUAAAAACAUUCUGGAUUUCUGCAUUUGCCUAAUUUCUGGAAUUUUUGAUACAUUAAUUAACAGAAUUUCUCAGCAAUUUCCACCCCAAGAUAGCUAGCUUUGAGUAGAAAGUUUGCAACAUUUCUGGACUUGUGAACAUGCACCACUUCUUCUGUGGAAGGAGAUUCAGGAUUUAAGGACGUGGUUUUGGUGAGGGUUCUGGAUUUUUUUGAGUUAGAUUAUUUUUUUAUUUCAUUGUGGGGAAAAAGACUUGUCUAGAUUUGUGGGGAAUUUGUGAUUUUUCUGGAGAUUUGAACUUGUUAAAAAAAAUCUGGAUUUGCAAAAACAGUAUAUAUUGAGGGACAUUUCAUGGCAUUUCUGGAUAUCCGAACUUGCAAAAAAGGGCGGAAAUUUUGAGCUUUCCAAAAAUCGUCUUGAUUUGGGAACGUUUGCAAAAGCAGGGGUGUUGAUGCUUGCAAGAAUUCUGGAGUUUGGAAUGAGGCCACAUUUCUGGCUCCUUCGGCUCAGAAAAAUGGUCUAGAUUUGGGGGAAAGGUUGCAAGAUUGUUUUGCAAAAAAUUGUCUGGAUUUUUCGCUGGCAAGAUUACGCAAAGGUUUGCAAGUUUUCCUGGAUUGCCCAGGUCUGCAAAACCCCAAUCUUGGGUACUCUGAGCUUUGGGGAGGACCUUCUGGAAAUGCCUGCCCUUUGCUUUCUGGUUGCAACUCAGUCCUGUUCUUGCAAAAUAGGAUUUUGUCCUAACUUGUUGAACCUCACUGCGUGCCUCACUCCACGCACCAUGAAAGCAGCCAGGCCUCUCUGCAUGUGUCUGUGCUCGCUGGAUGUAUUUUGCUGACCAAAGAAGCUGUUUGCAGAGCAGAAAAGACUUCUCAAUCCUCUGGAAAAUGACCGGGAUUUUGCUCUUCCACGGCUGGACUUUUUGAAAAGAGUCGUGUUUGGAUCCGAGGGGAAACCCAACGGAUUUGCUGAGUUGGCUGGAAACUAUUUAGGCCCAAAGUAUUGGGCUUGUUUGUUUGGCCUCCAAAACUCAUGGAAGAAAGAGUGAGGGACCUAUAAGGAACUGGGACACUUUGAAAUGAUACUUUGACAAAAGUUUACAAGAAAAUUGUGCUUCUCUCUCUAUCUCUUCCUUUCUCUCUAUCCCCAUAUGCCCCCCCAUCCCCCAUUCCACAGCAGAAAGAACUAAACAAAUCUAUAAACUCCAACGUAUAAUCUAGGCCUUAAUUUACAGUUUAGAGGAAAGCUGUGACUGUCUUUCUUUCAUUUCACACUCUUUUCUUCAUCAUUCAUACCCUUUUCCAAAUUCAAUCUCCUUGCUUUCUCCUAUCACCCCACCUUCUUUCCUUCCUUUUCCCAUCUGUCUCUCCCAACACAAGACCCCUCCCUGGAAGCACCAUGUCUGCCCAGCUGGCCCGAGCGCUGUUUGACAACGUGGCUGAGUGCCCAGAGGAGCUCUCCUUCCGCCGGGGGGACCUGAUGCUGGUGCUGCAGCCCAAGGUGCCUGGCCUGGCCGGCUGGCUCCUCUGCUCGCUGCACGGGCAGCAGGGCAUCGUCCCGGCCAACCGCGUCCGCAUUCUGCCUGAUCCGGGGCCCCCCGACCUCUCCCUGGCGCCCCACAAGGAGAGCGCACCAUCCGCCCUCUACAACCCACCCCAGGGCCAGAGGAGGAGCAGGGCAGGGCAGAAGGAAGAACAGCAGGAGGUGUACGUGGUGCCCCCACCUGCCCGGCCGUGCCCGACCUCCUGUGAUGAUAUCUACAAGGUGCCCCGUGCCGCCCGGAGAGACAGGGACCCCGGUGAGGUCUACGACGUCCCCUGCUCCCUCCCGCGGGACGCCGCCCUCUCUGACACCUAUGACACCCCCACAUCCUUCCCCAAGCAGGCAGCGCCGGACGCCAACCCCUACAACGUGCCCCCCCCAGCCAUGCCCCCCCUGGGACAGGAGGAGGAGGAGGAGGGAUGGGAGGAAGAGCCGGCCCCCAUCUACGCCACCCCAUCCAACCUGCGCCGGGCGUCCGCCCUGCUCAACCUCUACGAGUCGCCUGAAGAGCUGCUGGGGGGGGAGUACGACCUGCCAGGGCCCCCCCCACCGGAGGCGGCCCUGGGGGAGCUGAGCCUGGGUGAGACGGGGGGCUUCGUCGGGCGCCCCCGGCUGCCCUCAGCCGAGAGCCUCUCGCGCCGCCCCCUGCCCGCCCUGCCCUCGCCUGGUGCCCCCCGCAAGGGCAGCAUCCAGGACCGGCCCCUGCCUCCACCCCCGCCCCGGCUGGGGGGACUGGCUGGGGGGCCGGAUGAGGGGGCGGGGGAUGGGCACAGCGACUACGAGGGGAUCCGGCUGGCAGAGGAAUACGACUACGUCCACCUCAAGGGGACAGACAGGCUCCAGCCCCCGGCUACAGACCGCAACCCCCCAGAGGAGGUGACCAGCCCCAGACUCCAACCAGAGACCCCCAUUUUGCUGGAGAAGGAGGAGGUGCCUCCCAGCCCUGAGGACGCCCAACUGCUGCAGUUCUAUGCGGGCCAGUGCCGGACGCACUACGCCACCCUCCUGGUGGCCACGGAGGCCCUGCUGGCCAGCGCUGGGGCCAACCAGCCGCCGGGCGUCUUCGUGCCACAUGGGCGCUUUGUGCUCGUCACGGCGCACAAGCUGGUCUUCGUGGGCGACACGCUGGUGCGUCAGGCGGCCUCGGCCCCCCUGCGGGCCCGGGUGGGGGCAGCUGCCAGCGCCCUGUGCCAGGCCCUCAAGGGGGCCGUGCUGUCGGUCAAGGGGGCAGCGCUGAGCUACCCCUCGCCCCCUGCUGCCCGCCUGCUCCGGGAGCGCCUGGCCGAGCUCUCCCGGCGGGCCCAGGGCUUCACCAGCCUGCUCAGCACCCUGGCGCCCUCCUGACCCCCGGACCUUUGACACCAAUGAUCCUUGGGUGACCUCUGACCCCCCUCCCCAGGGUCCUCUGUGCCAACGAAACCUGUGACCUCUGACCUCCUGUCAAUUAGCCCUGUGUGACCUC